GCAACACGCUGCAGGAUGAUGGAGCCUCUGAGAGUUCUGCUGAUUUUGGUUCCCCUGCUGGUUUCUGUGGAGCGCUCAGAGUGUUUGCAGUGUUUUGGUUUCUUCAAUCUGAACUCAGGUGAGUGUGAAGCAGAGAUUGGCGAUGUGGAGGAAGACGACUGCUGUCAGAACCCAAACUACGGUUACAAGAGAGAAGAUGGAGUGUGUCAGUCGUGUGGUCCACCUGCCUGGUCUCCCUGGUCGUCUUGGUCCUUCUGUAACGUCCUGUGCGGUGAGGGAGUGAGGCAGAGAAGCAGGGCGUGUUACGGUAUCGGUGAAUCACAGUGUGAGAAACCUGCAGACGUACUACACGUAGAGCCGUGUAACGGCACCUGCUGCAACGAGCAGGGCUGGAGCUCGUGGCUCCCCUGGACCCCCUGCUCCGUCAGCUGUGAAGGAGAAGGAGUCCGGAAGAGGCUGAGAGUGUGCGCCAGUCCUCCUGAGUGUCAGGCGGGUUGCACGGGCCCCCCAGAAGAGACAGAGACCUGUGACUUGUCCCACAAGAAGUGUCCAGUCCAUGGGAGUUGGUCCAGAUGGACUGAUUGGUCUUCAUGCUCUGGUUCAUGUAUCAAUGACCAGCCGGACAGCAAAACCAUGCCUUCAAGAGAACGGCAGCGUUCCUGCUCAAACCCGGCCCCUUCCACAGACACCGAGCCACAGGGCAAUAGUUGCCCAGGAGACUCUGUCCAGAAACAGGACUGCAGUGAGUUGCCCAACUGUCCAGUGGAUGGCAACUGGGGAGCAUGGUCUGCACCUGGACCAUGCUCUGUCACAUGUGGGGAGGGGCUACAGCUGUCAUUAAGGAUGUGUGACAGCCCCGCCCCUAAAUAUGGUGGCAAAGUAUGUGAGGGGUCGAGCACUCAGAGCAACGUUUGUCAGAGUCCUUGUCCUGUUCAUGGUUUUUGGUCUGGUUGGUCAAACUGGGGAGAGUGUUCAUCUUCCUGUAUCCCACAAAACCAAUUUUCCUCCAGGACUCGCCACCGCUCAUGCUCUAACCCCACCCCAUCAUCAAACCCACGUGGCCACGCUUGUGAAGGUGAAGCCACCCAAAGGGAAAACUGUGACCACUUGCCAUACUGUCCAGUCAAUGGCAAUUGGGGUUCUUGGUCUCCCUAUACUCCUUGUCCUGUUACCUGUGGAGUGGGCCUUCAGGUGUCUGUCAGGAGUUGUGAUAACCCUUCCCCCAAACAUGGUGGUCAACCAUGUCCUGGAGAAGAAAGACAAACCACCAUCUGUUCAACCAACGUUCACUGUCCAGUGCAUGGUGUGUGGUCAGAGUGGAGCACGUGGGGAACAUGCAAAUAUCCAUUUGGUGAUAAGGACAUCCACUGCAAGCCAACAGGUGGCAGGCAAAGUCGAGAGCGCACGUGUCUUCAUCGAGCUCAUAAUGGAUCCUUCUGUGAAGGAAAUAAACUAUUGGACAGCCAGGUCUGCUACGAUGUUAACAACUGCCGCGAGGUCUGCCAAAUGAAAGGCACCUGGGACGGCUGGGGGGCAUGGCGAUAUUGUACUCCGUCUUGUGGAGAAAAGUCUAGACGUGUGAGGUUUUUAAUCUGUAAACCAGAUUAUAGUGACUACAGAAAAACCAUCGGCCGUCAAAAGGAAGAGGCAGCAUUUUCUGGAACCUCGAAACCCGACUGUGGCCAAGUACCUGAUGGAAUGACAAAAUAUGAGUUUCAAAACUGCCUUAAUGUUCCUCCCUGCACCAACUAACUUCAACAAAGUCAACACAUCCAAUGAAAUGUUACUUUACACUGGUGCAGUUUGUGCAAAAACUAAUCUGGAUGUUCAAAAUGACUUCAUUUGAUAAUUUUUGUUGCUUUCCAAUCAAACGUUUUUGCUCUUCUUUAGGUCAACUGGUUCACCUUUACAUGUGCUGCCACCUGAAGGGCACUUCAUUUAAAAAAUGAAACAAAAAUGAUUUGAACAGAUACAGAACACAUGAAUCAACAGUGGUGGCAGGUCCAUAUAAGCUAAUUGUUUUUAAUAAAUAAUUAC